AACGUGUCUGAGAACAGCUGAGCGCCACUGUGGCCCCUCUGAGACUGUGCCAUGGCUGCCAAUUUGUCUUGCAUUUUCCCAGCACUGCAUCUUUUUGGGGUCUUGGUGCUAUUGCUGUGCCCUUCCUGCUUGUGUGACUGCAACAUGUUUCCUAGCAUUGCCCAUGGAUCCUAUGAAGAUGUGAGUUCAAUUUUUUCCUUUACUACUGUGGUGCAGUAUAAAUGUGAUGAAGGAUAUGUUCUGGUUGGAGAAGAAAAAAUCACCUGCAGAAAUUCACAUUGGUCAUCUCUAGUUCCUCAGUGUAAAGCUCUGUGUCUGAAACCAGAGAUAAAAGAUGGAACUGUGUCUCUGGACCAGGAUCAGUAUGUUGAGCCUGAAAAUGUCACUGUCCAGUGUGACUCUGGCUAUAGUGUGGUCGGCUCUCCGAGUAUCGUCUGUUCAGAGAACAGAACCUGGUACCCAGAAGUGCCCAAGUGUGAGUGGGAAGUUCGCACGGGCUGUGAACAAGUACUCGCAGGCAGGAAACUCAUGCAGUGUCUCCCAAGUCCAGAGGAUGUAAAAAUGGCCCUGGAGGUGUAUAAACUGUCUCUGGAGAUUGAAAGGUUGGAGCUACAGACUUGAAGUCGAGCACCAGUUAAAAAUCAGUACAUUUAUUUCCCCUCUCUUCCUCUUAAAAACAGAGAAUUAGGUACAUUUCCCUCAUUAGCAACUCUACUGGUCCUUAAGUGCUAUUAUUUACUGAAAAAAUACUUGUGUUAGAAAAAUCUUUGAAAUUUUUGAUGCCACUGCUAAUGUGGAACUAUUGGUGGUUUAUAUCCUAUCAUCUCAUUUUAAGCUUCUGCUUCCCUAGAUUUGGUGGAAUGGC